UCACAUCCAUACAUGACUACUGGAAAAACCACAGCUUUGACUAUAUGGACCUCUGUCGGCAAAGUGAUAUUUCUGUUUUUUUACAUUCUGUUUAGGUUUGUCAUUCACAACAAACUGUGGAAAAUUCUUAAAGAGAUGGGAAUACCAGACCACAUGACCUGCCUCUUAAGAAAUCUGUAUGCAGAUCAAGAAGCUACAGUUAGAACUGGACUUGGAACAACAGACUGGUUCCAAAUUGGGAAAGGAGUACCUCAAGGCUGCAUAUUGUCAUCCUGCUUAUUUAACUUAUAUGCAGAGUACAUCAUGAGAAACACUGGGCUCGAGGAAGCACAAGCUGGAAUCAAAAUUGCCAGGAGAAAUAUCAAUAACCUCAGAUAUGCAGAUAACACCACACUUACGGCAGAAAGCAAGGAAAAACUAAAGAGCCUCUUGAUGAAAGUGAAAGAGGAGAGUGAAAAAGUUGGCUUAAAACUCAACAUUCACAAAACUAAGAUCAUGGCUUCUGGUUCUAUCACGUCAUGGCAAAUAGAUGGGGAACAAUGGAAACAGUGACAGACUUUAUUUUGGGGGGCUCCAAAAUCACUGCUGGUGGUGAUUGCAGCCAUGAAAUUAAACGAUGCUUACUCCUUGGAAGAAAAGUUAUGACCAACCUAGACAGCAUAUUAAAAAGCAGAGACAUUACUUUGCCAACAAAGGUCCGUCUAGUCAAAGCUUUGGUUUUUCCAGUAGUCAUGUAUGGAUGUGAGAGUUGGACUAUAAAGAAGGCUGAGCACCAAGUAACUGAUGCUUUUGAACUGUGAUAUUGGAAAAGACUCUUGAGAGUCCCUUGGACUGCAAGGAGAUCCAACCAGUCCAUCCUAAAGGAGGUCAGUCCUGAGUGUUCAUUGGAAGGACUCAGGUUGAAGCUGAAAUUCCAAUACUUUGGCCACCUGAUGCAAAGAACUGACUCAUUGGAAAAGACCCUGAUGCUGAGAAUGAUUGAAGGCGGGAGAAGAAGGGGACGACAGAGGAUGAGAUGGUUGGAUGGCAUCACUGACUCAAAGGACAUGGGUUUGAGUAAGCUCUGGGAGUUGAUGGACAGGGAAGCCUGGCGUGCAGCGAUUCAUGGGGUCGCAAAGAGUCGGAUACGACUGAGCGACUGAACUGAACUAACAGGUUUGUCAUAGCCCCUUAAUACAAAAGUCCAGAUUAAGACUCUUCCAUCAAGCCCGGCUGUCAAGGCCUCACUAGGCCUCGCCUUCGGCCCCGCCCCUUGGUCCCGCCUCCUUUAGCUCCGUUGCGCGAGGUCACACUAGGCUCCGCCCCCUUGAGCCCUGUUCGGCUUGGAUGACUCUCGGCCCCGCCUUCGGUAUUGGCCCUGCUUCUGGGUAACGCCCUUCUUCCUUGGACUCACCUUCCGCUCAGGCCACGCCCUCGACGUCCCGCACCGUCCUUGGCCCCGCCCGCUUUUCCCCCGUUCCUCGAUGUCACUGGGCCCCGCCUUCGGCCCCGCCCCUACUUUAGUAUUGGCCCCGCCUUCGGCCAUAGACCCCGCCCUUCAGCUCAGCUCCGCCCCGCGCCCGCGCCGCCCGUUUCAGGCCCGUUGGCCCCCGGCUAACAGCUUCCACCAAGUCCGUCGCUUUGAACUCCAGCGGACUGCCCCAGGCAGCCCGGCCUCGCCCGCCCCGGCCCGCGCAGAGUUCACCUGGGAAGUGCAGGCCAACAACCAGGCAUACAACAGCCAGUUCAAGGAGAAGGUCUUUCUGUGUUGGCAGAGAAAGAAGUACAAGAAGAACGUCAUCCACACGGCCAAGUACAAUGUCUUCUCCUUCCUGCCCUUGAACCUGUACGAGCAGUUCCGCCGCUUUUCCAACCUCUACUUCCUUCUCAUCAUCCUCCUCCAGAGCAUCCCCGAGAUCUCCACGCUGCCCUCGUUCACUCUGCUCGUCCCGCUCAUCUGCCUCCUCACCAUCCGGGCCAUCCGAGACCUGGUGGAUGAUAUUGGGCGACACAAGAGUGACAAGAUUGUCAACAAUCGGCCGUGUCAGAUCCUAACGGGCAAGAGCUUUCUGUGGAGAAAAUGGAAGAAUAUACGUGUGGGAGACCUGGUCUGUCUGCAUAAAGACAGCAUUGUCCCGGCUGACUUGGUUUUGCUGGCCAGCACAGAGCCCAGCAGCUUGUGCUAUGUGGAGACGGCUGACAUCGACGGGGAGACCAACUUGAAGUUCAGGCAGGCCCCAAUGAUCAUGCACCACGAGCUGACCAGUAUAAGGAAGAUAGCCUCCUUCCAAGGGAAGGUGGUGUGUGAGGAACCCAACAGCCGAAUGCACCACUUCGUUGGGUGCCUGGAGUGGAAGGGCAAGAAAUACCCCCUGGAUAUUGGUAACAUCCUCCUGCGAGGCUGCAAGGUCCGGAACACAGACACCUGCUAUGGACUGGUCAUCUACGCUGGUUUUGACACAAAGAUCAUGAAGAACUGUGGCAAGAUUCAUCUGAAGAGAACCAAGAUAGACCAUCUGAUGAACAGACUGGUGGUCCUGAUCUUUGUGUCCAUGGUGGUGGUUUCCAUGGCCCUGGCCUUUGGCUUCUGGCACAAAGUGAAGGAGUUCAAGGCCCAUCACUACUACGUGUCUGCCAUGCACACGCACAGUGUGGCUAUGGAGGCCUUCUUCAUCUUCUGGGGCUAUCUCAUCCUGCUCAGUGUCCUGGUGCCCAUGGCCAUGUUCGUUAUCAGGGCCGAAUUCAUCUACCUGGGGAACAGCGUCUUCAUCAACUGGGACCAGCACAUGUACUACGAGCCCCAGGACCUGCCCGCCAAAGCGCGAAGCACCAGCCUCAACGACCUGCUGGGCCAGGUGGAGUACAUCUUCUCCGACAAGACGGGCACGCUCACCCAGAACAUCAUGACCUUCAAGAAGUGCUGCAUCAAUGGAGUUGUCUACGGCCCAGAGGAGACCCCAGGCAAGGAGAACCCCUUCCUUUGGAACAAAUUUGCUGAUGGGAAGCUGCUGUUCUGCAACACGCAACUCCUGCAGGCCGUGCGGGCCAACCAGGACUGGAGGGUGCGCGAGUUCUGGCGUGUGCUAGCCAUCUGCCACACGGUGAUGGUGCAGGAGAUGAACAACCAGCUAGUGUACCAGGCAGCUUCCCCGGACGAGGAGGCACUGGUCACAGCGGCCCGAAAUUUUGGCUACGUGUUCCUGGCACGCACGCAGGACAGCAUCACCCUGAUGGAGCUGGGGGAGGAGUGUGUGUACCAGGUCCUGGCCAUGAUGGACUUCAACAGCAUCCGCAAGCGGAUGUCAGUGCUGGUCCGCAAGCCCGAGGGCUCCAUCUACCUCUACACCAAAGGGGCUGACACAGUCAUCUAUGAGCGCCUGCAAAAGAAAGGCGAGACAGAAUGGGCCACAGAGGAGGCCUUGGCCUCCUUUGCCACGGAGACCCUGCGGACAUUGUGCCUGGCCUGCAAAGAGGUGGAUGAGGACGUGUACGAGGAGUGGCGGCAGCGGCACCAGGAGGCCAGCAUCCUGCUGCAGAACCGCGCCCAGGCCCUGCAGGAGGUGUACGAGGAGAUGGAGCAGAGCCUCCAGCUCCUGGGAGCCACAGCCAUCGAGGACAGGCUCCAGGACGGUGUCCUCGAAACCAUCAAGUGUCUCAAGCAGGGGAACAUCAAAGUGUGGGUCCUCACAGGGGACAAGCAAGAGACAGCUGUGAACGUUGGUUUUGCCUGCGAGCUGCUUUCAGAGAACAUGAUCAUUCUGGAGGAGAAGGAGAUCGUACGGAUCCUCGAGGUCUACUGGGAGAACAACAACCUGCAAGGUGGCAAAAAGAAAGAGCUUCCCCUGCAGUUCAAGAUGGCCUUGGUCAUUAACGGGGAGUUCCUGGACCAGCUACUGCUGUCCUUGCGCAAGGAACCCCGAGCCCUGGUCCAGAACGUGAACGUGGACCCGCUGGAGUCCUGGCAGGAGCCUGGAGAGGAGAGGGUGGACUUCCUGCAGGCCAGGCGCCUGUCCCUCAUGUGGCGGACACUGGGGAUCCAGCUGCGGAGCUCGGGGCUGAUGCCCCAGCACAAAGACUCCAAGACCCUCCGGAUCGCUGAGAAGCAGCGGGAGCGGGCCUUCGUGGAGCUGGCCUCCCGAUGCCAAGCGGUCAUCUGCUGCCGUGUGACACCCAAGCAGAAGGCCCUGAUCGUGACGCUGGUCAAGAAAUACCAGAAUGUGGUGACCCUGGCCAUCGGGGAUGGCGCCAACGACGUCAACAUGAUCAAGACUGCAGACAUCGGCGUGGGGGUGGCGGGUCAGGAGGGCAUGCAGGCAGUGCAGAACAGCGACUACGUGCUGGCCCAGUUCUGCUUCCUGCGGCGGCUGCUGCUGGUGCACGGACGCUGGUCCUACAUGCGCGUCUGCAAGUUCCUGCGCUGCUUCCUCUACAAGACGCUGGCCAGCAUGAUGGUCCAGAUCUGGUUCGCCUUCUACAGCGGCUUCACUGCCCAGCCUCUGUAUGAAGGUUGGUUCCUGGCGCUCUUCAACUUGCUGUACAGCACCCUCCUGGUCCUUUAUAUCGGGCUCUUUGAGCAGGAUGUGAGCGCAGAGCGGAGCCUUGAGUUGCCGGAGCUGUACAUCGCAGGCCAGAAGGACGAGCUCUUCAACUACUGGGUCGUCCUGCAAGCCAUCGCCCAUGGCACGGCCACCUCUCUGGUCAACUUCUUCAUGACACUGUGGAUCAGCCAGGACUCAGCUGGGCCUGUCAGCUUAAGUGACUACCAGUCCUUUGCGGUGGUCGUGGCCCUGUCCAGCCUGCUGUCCAUCACUAUGGAGAUCAUCCUAAUCACCAAGUACUGGACCGUCCUGUUUUUGCUGGCCAUUUUCCUCAGCCUCUGCUUCUACGUGGUGAUGACCAGCCUCACCCAGAGCUUGUGGCUUUUCAAACACUUCCCCAAGAACUUCCCAUUUCUAUACGCUGACUUCAACGUGCUGUCCCAGCCCCCCAUCAUGCUGGUGAUCCUGCUGAAUGUGUCACUGAACACCCUGCCUGUGCUGGCCUUCCGAGUCAUUUACCAAGCCCUCAAGAAGCCACAGCACAAGGAAGAGGUAGAGAAAGUCACAAGUGAGGAGAUCAUCGUGGAGCCUGUGCCCUGUAUCCGCAGGGAGUCACGGGCCCGGCGCUCCAGCUAUGCCUUCUCCCAUCGGGAGGGCUAUGCUGACCUCAUCACCCAGGGCACGAUUCUGCGGAGGUCAGCGGGGGUCAACAGUGACAUGCUGGUUGAUCACACAGUGCCACCUGAUGAACCAUCUGGGAGCAUGAAGGAGUCCUUGUGGUACCCAAGGAAGAUGUCAUUUCUGGGGAGGAAGAGGCACUCACACCAUGGGAAGGUGUCCUCUGAGGACAUGCAGCCUCCCUCUGAGGUGAGCUCCUCCUUGACCAUGGAUGGGCAGUCUGCCCCUCAUCCCCAUCCUCUCAACAAAACCUGGCCAUCUGGAUCUUCACAGGAGAUGUUGCCAUAUUCUCCUGAGAGCCUGCCGCCAACCGAGAUGCCACUGUCGACUCUAGAGAGCCAAAGUACCUCUAUUGAUAGCCAGAUGCUGCCUUCGAGCCAGAUGUCCCUGCAGAGCCAGCCAGCAUACCUGCCACAGGAAAAGACAUCCCUCUGGAAGAUCCGGAAACUGUCCUUGAAGAACUGGCCGUACAUCUGGCAAAAGGAACCCGAGCCCCACAGAGAAGGGAUAUUGCCAGUUUCCAGCUCAAAUCUUAGUGCUGUGAUGGAAACUGCACCACCAAGUGCAAAAGGAUCAUCCAUCAGCGAGCAGCCAAUGGAGGUGGAGCCCUCACCUGUGGAGAGGGAGCCGUCGCCUAUGGAGUGGCUGCCAGAGCCCAGUGGGGACCAAGCUGCCCCUGAUCUGGCAGAGCAGCUUCCCUGACUCCUGGGGCAUCAGUGACUGCUCAGGCAUAGUAAGUAUCAUCCAGCAAGCAUGAGGCCAUCCCGUGAAGACAGGGCUCCACCGGCUUUUCUUUCCCUAAUAAAUCAGUCUGUCUGACCCUAGG